CCAGUUGGCCAAACAAAAGGAGCCCAUUAGAGGUGAUGUGCAGACUACAAAAUAGUGUACGCUACUGCACUCCAAAUCACAGUCAUCAUCACCAAUUCAUCAGUUCAUUUGCAUUCGAUUGUUCUGUAAACCCUACUGCUUCAAACUUUGUAGCCCAUGAGGUGGAUUCAACAAGGGAUGAUAAAGCAGAGAUAAGAGGUGAGGAUGGAAGGAGAACCACCCCUGCACCACCAACACCACCACCGGUUGGAACAAGAACAGCAAGAACCACACGUCCCUCUUCUCCCUUUAUCUCUUAUUAGACGUUUAUAUAUAGGCCAAUUUCUUGCAAGAUGGGAUGCCAGAAUGUGGGAAUUCUGUGUUGGUUUGUACAUGAUCACUCUUUGGCCGAAUUCCUUAAUCCUUCCUGCAAUCUAUGGAGCUACUGAAUCUGCCUCUAUUGCAUUGUUUGGUCCCAUUGUUGGACAAUGUGCAGAGAAGUUAACAUAUGUUAAGGUUCUUCGAAUUUGGUUGGUGACCCAGAACCUCUCCUUUGUAAUUGCUGGACUCUCAGUAAUUGCAUUACUAGUCUUUUCAACCUUGAAGUCAACAAAUUUUACAGCCUUCAUCUUCCUUGUGAUACUAACUAACAUCUCUGGAGCCAUUGGUGUGCUUUCCACCCUUGCUGGUACCAUCUUAAUAGAAAGAGAAUGGGUAGUGAUCAUAUCUGAAGGCCAUCCUCCCCAUGUCCUAACAAAGAUGAAUUCAAUUAUCAGACGAAUUGAUUUGACCUGCAAGCUUCUUGCUCCAGUUGUUGCUGGCUCCAUAAUUAGUUUUUUAUCUACUAAAGCCUCAGCUAUGGCUUUAGCUUUCUGGAAUAUGUCAGCAGUAUGGAUGGAAUAUUGGUUUUUCACAUCUGUAUAUAAAGGAAUUCCAGCCUUAGGUGAAGGUAGCCGAAGGAGGAAUUCGAGACUCUCGCCAAGUAAUAUGGAAGAGGGCGUGCCUACUUCUACAAAGCCAGAGAACUUGCAUUCUCAAAAUGGAGAAAAUUCAGCAUUGAUGGAAAGGAAAUGGAGAAGGAAAUUAACUGUAUGGGUUUCAAAGGCCCCUUUUGUUGGUGCUUGGAAAGUGUAUCUGCAGCAGGAUGUUUUGCUCCCUGGAGUAGCUCUAGCUUUAUUGUAUUUCACAGUUCUUAGUUUUGGCAUCUUGAUGACAGCUGCACUGAAAUGGGAAGGUGUACCUGCAUUUGUCAUUGGAAUAGGACGUGGAAUAAGUGCUAUAAUUGGUAUUGGCGCGACAGUUGUAUACCCAAUCUUGCAAUCUCGUAUUUUAACUCUCAGAACAGGACUUUGGUCAAUCUGGUCUCAGUGGAGCUGCCUUUUGUUAUGUAUUGGUUCGAUAUGGGUCCAAAAUCGCCAAUUGUCGGCAUGUAUGCUGAUGGCUGGAGUGGCAACCUCCCGACUUGGCUUGUGGAUGUUUGACUUGUCUGUUAUCCAACAAAUGCAGGAUCAAGUUUCUGAAUCUGAUCGUUGUGUUGUUGGAGCUGUCCAGAAUUCUCUUCAAUCUAUUCUAGACUUGUUGGGUUAUGUGAUGGGAAUAAUCAUCUCCCAUCCGAGGUUUGUUUUAUUGUUGUAUUUGAUAUCCAGGAUUUCUGGAAGUUGACUUUAAUAUCUUUUUCGAUGGUCACACUGGCUGCAUUACUCUACAGUAUCUAUCUGUUUCGGGUUCGAAAGCACCUCUUCCACUUUGAUAAGCUAAAAUGUUGGUAAAAAACAUGUUUUAAUUACAGUCCAUAUGCAGUGGCACAGAAAAGUUCUGGUGCAAUUUGUACAAAAAUUUUUCUCACUCAAUGUGGGAAGCAAUUGAGGAUCUUCGAAAGCAUCUACUUUUCACACUCUUCAUGCAAGCUUCUAGAGUUAAUAAGGGCUUGUGGGGUUAGCUCACUGUGGUCUCCAACUGAAGGAAUAUAGAAGAGUGUUAGAUUCGCUGGCAUAUGUUGACUGAGGUUACUGGAUUCCCUAUUCCUGAUUUCAAACCCCAAAUUGUCAAACCUAAUGAUUAACCAGUUGUUUUAAAUUUUUAUCAAAGAUUUAUAUUAAUUAUGGGUUGGGCUCAAUUUCGGAUUCUUAUUCGGGCUUCACCACCCUCUCUUCGAAAUUUUUUAUUAUGGUUAAAUUUUUUAUUUGUUGUUAUUUGUUCUAUUGUUUAGUUAAUGUAUUAAGUUUUUUUUUUUAUUAUCAUAAUAAA